UGAAGGUGUUGCUUAAUUUAUUCUCUGCAAUGCAAAAACAGCCCCAGAUCCUGGAAAAGGAGCCAUUUGCCCUGGGCACGGACAUGGCAUGAUCCAGUGGCACGUGAGCCUGGCACAUCGUGGGCCUCGCAAACAACAUGCUCACAGGCAAGGUUUGGGGACGCCAAGGUCAAGAGGAGCCCUUGCCAUCUGGAUGUUCGGCCAGCAGGAGAAACAGGCUCUGCAAAACCACUGCAAGUAAACAGCCAGAUCAAAUCCAGAGCUGAAGGCCUAUAAUCUCUGGGGGGAGAGGGGUCAGAGUUCAAUGGAGAGCCAACAGAACAUCUCCAAAUAAUCCCUGCCCCAGCUAUCAUCAUCCAUGAAGCUGCAUAACAAAGACAGGGAGGCAGGGAAGUGCUGACCAUGUUCCUUCAGAGCCAAGGAGAGAACUGGAUGCCACAGACAAGGUCAGCCAGCAGCACAGAGCCAAGCGUCUUUGCUUCAACUGCCAGCUGGAAAGAGGGGCCAAGUCAAGUGUCCAAGGUGGAGGUCCAGCUCCUGAAGGAAAGCAGCAAAAAGAACAUUUUGCACCACAUCAAAUGCCAUGCCAGCCCUGGCUGAGAAGGUGGCAGGAUGCAGGAAGGGCCUUCGCCAGCUGACCUCAGGUCAGGUAAUGUGGGCCGGUCCAUUUGCAGCACCUGGGGCUUCAGCCUUACACCUUCUGCAGCCUGGUCCUGCGCUGGCUUCCUUGGCCCAGGCUCUGCAAAUCCUGGCCCACUGGCCGCCAAGGACAAAAUAUGUUCCCAAAGUGGGCCAUGGUUUGCCAUGAAGGCAUCUUGUUCUGUUCAGGGAAGAGAGGAGAGAAGGGAGCUCAAACAUUUGCAGUUUCUGUCUUAGGGCUGUUUCACACCACUAAAGUAUAGUGCUGGGAUUCCACUAUACAGUAAUGGCCACAGCUUCAUCCUAUGGAAUCCUGGGGUUUGUAGUUUGGGGAGACAUGAGGGCUCUGUGGCAGAGGAUUCUUAAUGCUCCUCCUAACCUAGGAUUCCAUGCCAUGGCAGUCAAAAGUGUGUGGUGUGAAAGGGCCCUCAGCUAAAUUCCAUGACUCUUACUGCUGCGUCAGGUGCUCUCUGCUUGGAGCCCGUCCUGCUCACAGCCGUGGAGAAAAGGGGUAGCCUCUUUCAGGCUGGUCCUUCCAAGCCAGGGCCCUCCAGGACCCCCACUUUGUCCCCUGCCAGGCCUUCAGCUGAGAGCAGCAGCAGGGAAGGGCUCCCGGUGGGUGUCACAGUUAUUUCUGUGAUGUAGGGCCUGCCCCCAGGGUUGCUUCACCAGGCAACAAGGGUGGCCUCCCCCUGCUCCCAAAGCCAGGGCCAUGAUGGUGGGGUGACAGCCCUUCCUCCUCCUCCUCCUCCUCCUCCUCCCUGCACCCCACCUACCCUCCUUCCUUCCUCCCUCCUUCCCUCCCUCUGUUCUUUUGGGGUGAUGGCAUAUAGGGAGGAGGCCUGAGGAUGGUAGUGAGACCCCUCGGCAUGGCCGUCUGAGGCAAGUGUUUCCUCCAAGGAAGCAUGGAGAAGUAUGAGACCAUCCUCACAAUCGGCCAGGGCUCCAGUGCAGAGGUCUUCCUGAUGCGGGAUACCAAGACCAAGGAGCUCUUUGCCGUGAAAAAGGUCAAGACCAUCCCGGGCAAGCGGCUGCGGGACAAGGAGGCCGUCCUGCGGGAGGUGGCCAUCCUGCGACAGCUUCGGCAUCCCCAUGUGGUGGCCUGCCACGACCACUUCCUGGACUCGGGGGGCUCCUACGUCUUCAUUGUCCAGGAGUACUGUGAUGGGGGCUCCCUGGAGGAGCACAUUCGGGGCCAGAGCAAAGGGUCGCACUUCCCAGAGGGCACGGUCAUGCGCUGGUUUGUUCAGCUGGCCAUGGCCGUCCAGUACAUCCAUGCCCUGAAGAUCCUCCACCGGGACAUCAAAUCCUCCAACGUCUUCCUCACCCAGGCCCGGAUCCUGAAGCUAGGUGACUUUGGCAUCUCCAAGGUGAUGGACAGCACGGCUGACCUCGCCAGUACCUUUGUGGGCACCCCUUACUACCUGAGCCCCGAGCUCUGUGAGGACCUUCCCUACAGCUCCAAGGCCGAUGUCUGGGCCCUGGGCUGUGUCCUCUUUGAGAUGUGUGCCCUCCAGCCGCCCUUCCAGGCCCUCAGUCUCCUCGGCCUCUUCGCCAAGAUUGUCAAGGGCCGCCAGGGCCCCGUUCCCAAGUGCUACUCCAUCCCCCUCCAUGGCCUGAUCUGCGCCAUCCUGCAGAAGGACCCGGAGGAGAGGCCCUGCGCCACCACCAUCCUGGCCUUCCCUUACGUCCAGGAGCACCUCAACCGAUUCAUCUUCCAGCAAGGAACGCCAAUCCCCAAGAGCCGAUCCCCACAGCCAGAGGUCUUCCAGGAUGGAGAUGGCGGCAAGCUCACUUGGCCCCCAGGGCCGCAUGCGGUGGGAUGUGCGGACGGCCAGGCCUUGGCUCUGGGGUCGGAUCCACUGAGUUCCCAGCUGCAGCGUCAUGACCAGGAGGAAACCUGGAGCAUCUCCACAAGUGGUUCUCAUUACUCGGCAGAUUUUGAAGACACAGGUUCUUCCUAUGCCAGCUGCAGCUCAGAGGAAGACGCAGCCUUCUGCACAGCAACCGCCAUAGGGACCCUGACGGAGGAGGAGGAGACGGGUAAGGGGCCAGCUUCUGAGAACGAAUGUGGUCUGACCAGUUAUCCAGAUGACUUUGAAGAGUCUGAGGGCGACCCGCAGGAACCCCUGCCUGAAUGUGACCCUGAUAGUGAGCUUGACCGUGUCAUGAAAGCGGUGAAGGACAGGAUGCCCUCUCCCCCGCUGAGGGCCAUGCAGAAGUCCAGAGAUGAAGAUGCGUCUUGCGGAAGCGACAACGGCAGCUUCAUCUCCAAGGAUUUGGAGGGGCCCUCGGAGCUAGGAUUGUGUUGGGAUGACUGGGAGCGCCUGGAGGACUGCUGCCUGCUCCAUCACUUAAACCUGGAGAGCAGCGAGGGAGAAGCAGGGUUCAGCACUGUGGCUGUGUGAGGGAGCCUGGGAUGGGCACUAAGACGGUCCCUCCUCCUGGCAGAAGCAGGGGAAGAAGGGAGAAGGCCAGAGCAUGCAUCUCUGGCCAACCUGACCACUUGAAAAGAGCACUGUGGGCACAAGAGGCUCUCCCAGGCAAAGGGGCAGUGCAACUGCUUUAUGUACCCUGGUUGCUCAGCCACACACUUACACAUUAGGGCUGGAACUGAGUUCAAUUCCUUGUGCAGACUGCAGUCAUCUUCUUCCUCUGGCAAGAGAGGAGGAAGAGCCUUCGGAACCAGGCCAUCAGACAUCAGUGACCAUAUACUGAAUUGCUAGUGACAAAAGAUUAGCCUCAUAUGCUGACGUUAGUAAAUGGUGGCACAUGCAUUGCACCCACCUUCCAAUUCCCCAUCAAGUCAGAAAGCCUUGUAAGCAACCCUCCUUCACAUGCACAGUUCUGAUUUCUUCCAUGAAUAAAACAGAGGAGAUAAAAAGGCCUAAUCAGUGAGAGCAUUGGCAAUGGUUGUCUGAAUGGGGCGUGCAGCAUAGGAAUAAAGCCAAGACA